AUGGACCAGAUACUGGAAGUGGAUACAAAAAUGCUUUCAGAGAUUAGGCGGUCAGUGCGAGACACUGGAGAUCGUGGAUUGAAAGUCGCGUCUAAAUGGUCGGCAGAAAUACUCAUGUCUGUACCGAGCACAGUCAAGGACGCGAUGAUAGGCGCGUGGCUCCCAGAUCCAACAUUAUCCAACGCUACCGCAACAUCAUUCGACCACCUCGAUUUGAACCGAGCACUGGAAGCCGAGGAAUCGGAUGAAAUAGAAGCCGCUCGAAGAUGCAUGGAAUCUCGCCAAUAUCUACGCGUUUCUCAUUUUGCUAAAGGAUGCCGAAGUUCAAAAGGCGUGUUCCUGUAUGUUUAUUCAAAAUUUCUCAUCAGUGAACAAAGUGCUGUGGCCGAUUGGCACAAGGCUGACGGCACACGAUUUCAACCGCCGCUUCCCAUCAACAAUUCAAUUGGUGAACUGCUCGAAAUCAUCGAAGACUCCAAGGAUCCCUUCCUGAAGUUUCUUAAAGCUCUCUUUUGCCAACGCCUCUCCCGCACAGAGGAUGCGAUAACUCUCUUGCUCGAAUCGUUGUCGGCUUAUCCAUGGAACUGGUCGGCGUGGCUUCUCCUUGCAAGCUGCAUUGACACCAAAGAAGAGUUGGCCAAGGCCAUUACACGUUUAAAUCUUCCUCUAAACCAUCCUUUGCCUAACAUGUUACUCCUCAAAACAUACAACGACCUCCAUUCUCCGACAGCUUUCGACCUCAAAAUUAGCGAACAGCUGCUAGACCGAAAUCGAUUUCCAAACAGCCUUUGGGUUAUGACCCAACGGGCCAGGACAUUAUUUAAUCUCGCUGCCCUUAGCAAAGCUGAGAAUCAAUUUGAACAGAUUCUUAAGCUGGACCCCAACCGCAUUGACGACAUCGAUGUCUAUGCAGACAUUCUGUACGCAGCACAAAAACGGGAAAAGCUGUCCGCGUUGGCUGAUACAUUUAGUAAAAAAGACAAAGACCGACCGGAGAUAUGCUGUCUACUUGGUAACAUAUGUCAUAUGCGGUUGGAACAUGAAAAAUCCGUCAAGUAUCUAAAACGGGCGACUCGCCUUGACCCAACAUGCCUUCAGGCCUGGACACACCUGGGUUUCGUGUUUAUGGAGAUAGGGAAUCCGCCUGCUGCAAUCGAGGCAUUUAGAAAGGCGCUGGACCUUAGUAAAAAGGACUAUAAGCCUUGGUGUGGGAUGGCGCAAGCAUACAUGAUCUUGAAUUUGCCUCUGUAUGCUUUGUACUAUUAUUCAAAGGCGAACGCUCUCAUAUCUUACGAAGCCUCAGUGUUGGAGGGGGUGGCAUCUUGUUAUGAGAUUCUCGGGAGGUAUCAAGAGGCCAUUGCUUGUUAUAGACGGAUGAUAGCGCGAACCUCGAAUACAAGCCAGUUGGUUUCCUUGCAUCUUAAAGUAGCAAAGGCGUAUCGGGCACUGGACGAUCUGGCGGAAGUUGCAAAUUGUAAUUAUUGUGUUAUAAAGGCUUUCGAGGCCGAAGGACAUUAUAAGCUUGGGCAGCCCAUUCCAGAUCAAUUGAUGCGAUCCAUGGUCGAGUGUGCAGAAUAUCAUGCACGAGCACCAGAAGGCAACUUGCUUCUGGCCCACGACUAUCUGAAGGUAUGUUUGGCAACGCCCGGAGUGCCUAUCGAGGCCAGCACGGCGAUGAACGCGGUGCGUGCAAGAGCACGCCAGAUUGGUUCGAAUCUCGCAGACGACGAAGGCCGCUUUUCAUUGGAACAUAGAAAAGGAAUGCUAUUUCGUGAACGUGGAUAUGAAUCGGUAAACUGA